AUCCAGUGUCGUGUCCAGUACCAGAGUACAUCCACAAGUUUCAGCUGAGAGUGGAAACAGAGGACGCCUUUGACGACACUGCCGUUAAUGACAUCAGAUUCACUUGCACCAACAAUCCAGAGGUUGUAAUGAGUGGAGGAGGAGAGUCGUGGGGUGUGGGGAGACUGGGCUUCCUGUCCCAAUGAUACCGCAGUCUGUGGCAUCCAGACUAAAGUUGAACCUUAUAUGGGACUCGCUGUCGACGACACCUCUCUGAACGAUGUUCGUUUCUUCUGCUGCCCCACCGUCUGGUAGCUGAUAUGUCAUGUGUCUGCUGCCCCACCGUCUGGUAGCUGAUAUGUCAUGUGUCUGCUGCCCCACCGUCUGGUAGCUGAUAUGUCAUGUGUCUGCUGCCCCACCGUCUGGUAGCUGAUAUGUCAUGUGUCUGCUGCCCCACCGUCUGGUAGCUGAUAUGUCAUGUGUCUGCUGCCCCACCGUCUGGUAGCUGAUAUGUCAUGUGUCUGCUGCUCCACCGUCUGGUAGCUGAUAUGUCAUGUGUCUGCUGCUCCACCGUCUGGUAGCUAAUAUAUCAUGUUUCUGCUGCUCCAUCGUAUGGUAGACGCCAGUUAUUACUGUUUCUGCUCCA